AUGAAAAAGAUGCUGGCUUCUGUGGUCUCCCGUAUGUUGGGGGCCACCCAGAAGCCCCCUCUCAGAGUACUGCUGACCUCCUGUAACUAUUCCAAAGAUGCUACCAUUGACAUUAAGAGCUGCGACCUUUACCGGCUGGACGUGGGUCCCUCGUCGUCCACCGUGCUCACCAGGGACGAGGGGCUCAAGUACUACCGGGCCAUGCAGAUCGUUCGCCGGAUGGAACUGAAGGCAGAUCAGCUCUACAAGCAGAAAUUUAUCCGUGGCUUCUGCCACCUGUAUGACGGUCAAGAAGCUUGCUGCGUGGGGAUCGAGGCGGCUAUCAAGCCCACGGACAACGUGAUCACCUCCUACCGGGCCCACGGCAUCUGCUACAUGCGCGGCCUCUCGGUCAAGUCCAUUCUGGCCGAGCUGACGGGACGCAGGGGAGGCUGCGCCAAAGGCAAGGGGGGCUCCAUGCACAUGUACGCCAAGCACUUCUUCGGGGGAAACGGCAUCGUGGGCGCGCAGGUGCCCCUGGGGGCUGGGAUCGCUCUGGCCUGCAAGUAUCAGGGGACCCGUGACAUCUGCUUGGCCAUGUAUGGGGACGGGGCUGCCAACCAGGGGCAGAUAGCCGAGGCGUACAACAUGGCAGCCCUGUGGAAGCUGCCCUGCGUGUUCAUCUGCGAGAACAACCGCUACGCCAUGGGGACGGCGGUGGAGAGGGCGGCGGCCAGCACCGAUUACUACAAGAGGGGCAACUUCAUCCCGGGCCUCAAGGUGAACGGGAUGGACGUGCUGUGCGUGCGGGAGGCCACCAAGUUCGCGGCCGACCACUGCCGGUCGGGCAAGGGGCCCAUCGUGAUGGAGCUGCAGACCUACCGUUACCACGGGCACAGCAUGAGCGACCCGGGCAUCAGCUACCGCACGCGCGAGGAGAUCCAGAUCAUGAGGAGCAAGAGCGACCCCAUCAUGCUGCUCCAGGAGAAGAUGAUCAGCCACAAGCUGAGCAGCGUGGAGGAACUGAAGGAGAUCGACGUGGAGGUGAGGAAAGAGAUCGAGGAGGCCGCCCAGUUUGCCACCACCGACCCCGAGCCGAGCUUGGAUGAAUUAGGCCAUCACCUCUACCACAGCAACCCGCCUUUCGACGUUCGGGGUGCCAACCAGUGGAUCAAAUACAAGUCCAUCAGUUAA